AAAUUCAUUGGGGAUGGCGAUUCGUCUACAUACAAAACUCUGAGAGACCUUAGGUUGUAUCAGGACCCAACGGUGUACAUCGAUAGGCUUGAUUGCACAACUCAUUUGCACAAGAACUGGUAUAAAAAGUUCGUCGCUUUAGAGAACAGCAAGAAAUUCAAGCCGAACAGCCGAAAACUUAUAAGUGACAAAAUCGGUGUACGAAUGGCAGCCAAACACUGGAAUGCUGCAGAUAUAAGCCUUGGUGAGAAAUGUAAAAAUCUUGAAAAAGAUUGUAUGAAUGCCCCCCUCCACUGCUUGGGAGUUCAUGACGAAUGUUCUGAAUACUUUUGUACAAAAACUACAUCGCCUGAAGCACGAGAUAAUCUCACUUUAUUGAAAAGCGAGGGAUUGUUAUACGAGAUACUUGGUUUGUGUCAACAUUAUUUUGCAAAUAAGGCAAAGAGUUUACUUGCUGGAUACGACACAAAUGUGGUGGAAGGAUUUAACAGCAUAAUCGCUAAGCAUUUAGGUGGUAAACGUGUCAACAAUGUUUUGGCUGGAUCGUACAAGUCAAGAACUGCGAUGGCAUCCGUGCAUUUGAAUUCGGGCUACCACGGCAUUUCAACAUUUCAAAAAUUCAAAUAUGGUAAAGCCCUACCCGAAACUGUGAAAAUGGAAAAUAGCAGAAAAAGAAAAGUUAAAAUGAAUACGAUCCACAACGAGGAAAACAACAAAAGGCGCAGAGUGGAAGAGCCCAAAUCAAAAACAAACAAAAAAAGAAGUUAUGCUAGCGGUGGUAUAGGUCACGAAGAUGUAGACUUAACUCCUGAACAAUUUGAGAUUGCAAAGCAACGAUUCCUAAAUAGACUCAACGAGGAUAGACAUAAUCGGCACAACAUACUGAUCGAGACCCAGCAACAAAAAUACAGCGUAAAAUAUUGUCAAAUCAAGCAAGAUUUGCUUACUUCAUCGUAUUUCAGCCGAAUAUUGCAUUCCAGAAGCAGGAAGAGUUACAAAAAGAUAGUAGAGGAUAUUUUGUAUCACAACGCGUUAUACACAAACACAGCCGAUCAAAACCAUCAACGAUUGCACCAAUCAGAAGCCCUAAAAAUAUUUUCUGAUCUGUACAAAAAUGAACCCAUUGAAUUAUGUGGUAUUUUUAUAGACGAAAAAUAUAGCUUUCUGGGGGCUUCUCCGUAUAGACUCAUUGGACGUCAUGGUAUUCUUGUCAUAAAAUGUCCUCGAAACGCAUUCAAGAGCACUAUCUGUGAAGCUAUUAAUAAAAAAAAAAUUCCGUUUUGGUCGAAAUCGAAAGCAUCAGAUACAAUCACUGUGAAUGUUGAUAGUCACUGGUACAUGCAAAUUCAAGGACAAUUACACGUAUCUGGUAAGCAAUUUGCUUACUUGAUGGUGUACCUGGGGCCAUCUGAAUUUAAAAUUGAAAAAAUUGAUCGAGAUGAUGAGUAUUGGAAGAUAAAAAUGGAACCCGAACUGUUGUACUUUUUCAAUGAAGCUAUGCUGAAGGAAUUGGUUGAUCCUCGAAGUAGUAGAUUUAUGGAACUUCGCGAUUAUGAUGAAAAAAAUAAAAUAUUCGAACGAAAAAUAACUGUUAGACGCAAUCCGAUCCGCGCAACAAAACGAAUUCGAUUUUUGGAUACAAUACCAUCAAGUACACAAGAAAGUGAUCCAUCGACUGUCUCAACAUCAAAUACUGUUCCAACGUCUGUCUCGGCAUCGAAAUGCGCUCAUCCACAUGCCGCAGUUUCUCCGAAGACUCCGAAAAGUGCCCAGUCAGAUACCUCCAUGAAGAAAAGCGAUCCGGUAUUUGUUUCAGACACGAAAAGCAUUCCGGUUUCUGUCUCAUCGAAUCGCUUUCCACCGUGCGCCACAACAUUGACAACGGUUCAACAAUCUGCUGGCUCACCUUCAACCGCUUCGAUAAAAUCAAAAUCUCGUAAAUCGAAAAACUUUAUUCGGUUUCGCUUCCAGAUAGAUUGUACAGCGGCAGUGGACUUGAGCGUGGACGAACUGGUCGAAUUCUUGAAAUCAAACUUGAAAAUUGAAGGGCAAAAGAAAAACUUAUCCGAUGUGGCAAUCGAGGGGCGCAAUGCCAACGUAAACAUUUUGGCCAAAGUGAUGGUCAAGAAAAAGUACUUGAAGCUGUUGUCAAAAAAAUUUCUUUAUAAGAAAAAGAUGUUCAACUACCGCCUCGCUACGAAGAACAAGCGGGCAUAUAAAAUUGUUCAAAAAGCUGGACCUUCAACAGUACCAAAAUAA